AUGUUUGGUGCGCUUAAUCGAUUUAUUGGACGGCUGGACGGCGAGCCUGUCCAGCAACCUCGAAAUGGCCCAAGCGACAAUGCCUAUGGUUUCCAAGUACUCCGCAACAAAGACACCGAGCUGCCCUUGGAGCCUUGGUUCGACUUUAUUGUAGGAAUUAACGGCCAUCCUAUUGAAGAUCCAGACCCGAACCUCUUUGCGACGGAAGUGCGCAAUUGCGCCGGCUCUAGCUUGACGCUGGAAAUAUGGAGUGCCAAGGGCCAAAGAACACAUACAGUCACAGUCCCCGUAUCGGCGACGACGCCCUCCCUCGGCCUCGCGCUACAACUUGCCCCCCUUUCCUCUACCCAACACAUCUGGCAUGUCCUCGGAACCCCAUCGCCACUGAGCCCAGCCUACCGCGCAGGACUCCUGCCACAUUCAGACUACAUCAUCGGCACACCGAGCGGGACAUUACGCGGGGAAUCUGCGCUCGGGGAGCUGGUAGAGGACCACCUUGACCGCACCCUCGUUCUGUGGGUAUACAACAGUGAAUUCGACGUCGUACGGGAGGUCGAGCUCGUCCCUACGAGAGGAUGGGGUGGCGAAGGUGCCCUUGGCGCUGAACUGGGCUACGGCGCUUUGCAUCGUCUACCAAUUGGACUGGGCGAGGAAGUGGAGGGACCUGGCGAGGUUGUCUUUGAGACGCGCGAAGAUGGAUAUCCCGCGCCAAUGCCGAAUUAUAACGGAGCUCCGGCGACGACUGAACCCUCUGCAAACUACCUCGUCCCGGCAAAUAUGGUCUCACCCCCUCCUCUUGCGUCUCAAACAAGAGUGACUUCACCCCCGAGUGGAGCAUCACCCGCGAACCGACGGAGUGCCAAGGCACGACACGGCGUCUCUCCUAACAGGGCGUUUGACGAUUACUUUGCCGAAGGCGAAAUGAAGAGUAAGGAGCAAGACUUUGCACCUUCGAGGAAGGGAACGCCUCUGCCUCCUCCGCCUAAAAUUGGUGCCCCGCCCUCUAAUUCGAGCAGUCCAGCUCCGGCCACGGCUGAAGUAGCAGGGACUGUGGAGGCGAUGGAGGGAGAACCUGGUCCAGCUCAAGAAGAAUAA